GUAAAUCGCUCCGCCUUGCCUGAGCUUCGGGGCUGAGAAGAGGACCCCCGGCAGCCGAACUGGGAGACGGUUCCAAGCACUUACCAUCACUGAGUGUACGGCUUUUGGUUUGCUUGCUUAUUGCCAUUUCCCAUGAGAAUAUGGACUCAGGAGUUGUAAGAAUUGAGUCCCGUUUCCUGACUGACGACCUUCCCCAUUUCCCGCACACACUGGUGAAGAGGUGACUUGUUGAAAUAGAACAUGUGGGAUAUUUCAGGACAUGGUGGUCUUCGCAGAUGUGGCUGUAAACUUCACCCCAGAAGAGUGGGCUUUGCUGGAUCAUUCUCAGAGGAAGCUCUACAGAGAUGUGAUGCUGGAGACCUGCAGGAACCUGGCCUCAGUGGAUUGUUUCAUGCACAAAACCAGUAGAUCAUGUUCACAGUGGAGUAUUUUGGAGCCUGAAAUAUCCAGUGAAGAGAAAAUAAUAAGAUUCACAAGAAAUGAUUCCUGGCCUGUUUUUGGAGAACAUCAGACAUUUCAUGACAUUGGAGAUCAGCACCAAACCCAGGGGAGGCAUCUGAGAAGUCACGUGCUAGAGACUCCCUGUGAGAGUAAUGAAGCUAAUCCAUGCGGAGACACCCUGAACCACAUCACAGAUCUUCCUGUGGGGGAGAGACAUCCUCCUGGAGUUAAACCCCGUGAGUGCGCUAAGUGUGGAAAAGCCUGCUCAAAUCAGCCAAGACAUCCCGCUGGACACGAACCUCAUCCAUGUGAGGAAUGCAGACAAGCCUGCAGGUGUGUCUCAUGUCCAAGCCCUCAUGUGGGACCAGAGCGUGUGGAGAAACCCUGUCACUGUCAGGAGACUGGGAGAGCACCUGAGGGAUACGGGUGGAAUCUGAGUAAUAAAAACUCUACCAAGUGUCAGAAAUGUGGAAAAGCCUUCACUUGCCACUCCUCCUUUCAGGGACACGUGAGAGGUCACUGUGGACAGAAAGUUCAUGCUUGUAAAGUAUGUGGGAAAGCUUUUAGGUAUUAUUCCUACCUUACACGACAUGUAAGAACUCACACUGGAGAGAAACCCUAUGAAUGUAAGCAUUGUGGAAAAACUUUCAGUUGUCACUCCUACCUACAAGAACACGUGAGAACGCAUGUAGGGGAGAAACCGUACGAGUGUAAGAAGUGUGGGAAAGCCUUUGUUUGUCUCAAAUACUUUAGAAGACACAUGAAAACGCAUAGUGGAGUGAAACCUUAUGAAUGUCUGGAAUGUGGGAAAGCCUACAGUUGUUCCUCUUCCCUGCAAGAACAUGUGAGAACGCACAGUGACGAGAAACCCUAUGAAUGUCAGGUGUGUGGGAAAGCUUUUAGGCAUUCUCGAUAUUUUCACAGACACGUGAGAAUGCAUAGUGGAGUGAAAACAUAUAAAUGUAAGGAUUGUGGGAAAGCUUACAGUUGUUCUUCCUCUCUUCAAGAACAUGCGAGAAUGCACACUGGGGAGAGACCCUUUGAAUGUGAGCACUGUGGGAAAGCCUUCAGUCAUCAUUCCUCCCUCCGACGACAUGUGAGAACACACACUGGGGAGAAAUACGAAUGUUCACAAUGUGGAAAAGCCUUCCGUUGGUCCUCAUCCUUACAAAAACAUGCGAGAACGCACUAUGACGAGAAACCCUAUGAGUGCCAGCAGUGUGGCAAAGCCUUCUGGUAUCCCACCAACCUGCGAGCACAUGUGAGGACACACAGCGGGGUGAAAACCUGAACGCUAGGACUGUGGGAAGCAGUCAUUCUCCCUUAAAAUCUUGUAAAUGCAAGCAGACACACUGGAGAGAAACCUUAUGAAUGGAAGGAAUGUGGGGAAGCCUUUAGACGUAGCCCACCACUUACUUUGUUCAUGCAAACUCAGAGCGGGACAGAAAUCUUUUAAUUAUUAUACUCAUAAAUAUGAUUUUGACUUUGUAAGUGUGUGUGUGUGUUACAUGCUGUUGAGUUGGCUUCAACUCUGGUGAACGUAUGAAUGAGUCCUCAGUGUCCUGCCUUUGACAGCUCUGCUCAGCCCCUGUAGACUCCUAUCUGUGGUUUCUUUUAUGGAGUCAGUUCAUUUCGUAUUUGGUCUUCUGUUUUCCUGCUGCCAUUUUCCCCAGAAUUAUUGUGUUUUCCAAAGAACCCUGCCUUCUCAUGAUACACCUGAAGUAGGAUGACUUCAGUUUUUUCAUUUUUGCCUUCAGCGACAUUUCAGGCUUAAUUUGCUCUGGGAUCCACUUGUUUAUCUUAUUGAGGGUUCAGAGUAACCGCAGAGAUCUCCUCCAAUGCCGUCUUUCAAGUGAAUUGAUUUCUUUCUUAUCAGCCUUCUUCAC